UCUUCCCAGCCUGCCACGGCCGCUGAUUCACUUCGCGUCCCCAGUCCCAGCGGUUCUGCAGCUCCCGCAACAGCAGCAGCCGCCGAGGGGAGAGGGAAGAAAAGGCGCCGCCGACCCCUGCCCGCAGGGCAGCCGGUCUUCCCCGGCCCGGCGCCGGCCCGCGGGUUACAUAACGGGCCGCGAGGCGCGCUCUCGCGAGGUUUCCACCGCCCCCCUCCUCGCUCCACGUCAGAGGGAACCGGGCGGAGCGGCCAACAUGGCGGAACGCAGGCGACACAAGAAGCGGAUCCAGGAAGUUGGUGAGCCAUCUAAAGAAGAGAAGGCUGUAGCCAAAUAUCUUCGAUUCAACUGUCCAACAAAGUCCACCAAUAUGAUGGGACACCGGGUUGAUUAUUUUAUUGCUUCAAAAGCAGUGGAUUGCCUUUUGGAUUCAAAGUGGGCAAAGGCCAAGAAAGGAGAGGAAGCUUUAUUUACAACCAGGGAGUCUGUGGUUGACUACUGCAACAGGCUAUUAAAGAAACAAUUUUUCCACCGGGCAUUAAAAGUAAUGAAAAUGAAGUAUGAUAAAGACAUAAAGAAAGAAAAAGAUAAAGGAAAAACUGAAAGUGGAAAAGAAGAAGAUAAAAAGAGCAAGAAAGAAAAUAUAAAAGAUGAAAAGACAAAAAAGGAAAAAGAGAAAAAAAAAGAUGGUGAAAAAGAAGAGUCCAAAAAGGAGGAAACUCCAGGAACUCCCAAAAAGAAGGAAACUAAAAAAAAAUUCAAACUUGAGCCACAUGAUGACCAAGUGUUUCUGGAUGGAAAUGAGGUGUAUGUGUGGAUCUAUGACCCAGUUCACUUUAAAACGUUUGUCAUGGGAUUAAUUCUUGUGAUUGCGGUGAUAGCAGCCACCCUCUUCCCUCUUUGGCCAGCCGAAAUGAGAGUCGGUGUUUAUUACCUCAGUGUGGGCGCAGGCUGUUUUGUAGCCAGCAUUCUUCUCCUUGCUGUUGCUCGUUGCAUUCUGUUUCUCAUAAUUUGGCUCAUAACUGGAGGAAGACACCACUUUUGGUUCUUGCCAAAUCUGACUGCUGACGUGGGCUUCAUUGACUCCUUCAGGCCUCUGUACACACAUGAAUAUAAAGGACCAAAAGCAGACUUAAAGAAAGAUGAGAAAUCUGAAACCAAAAAGCAGCAGAAGUCUGACAGUGAGGAAAAGUCAGACAGUGAGAAAAAAGAAGAUGAGGAGGGAAAAGUAGGACCAGGGAAUCACGGACCAGAAGGCUCCGCUGGGGAACGGCAUUCAGACACAGACAGUGACAGGCGGGAAGACGACCGAUCCCAGCACAGUAGUGGAAAUGGGAAUGAUUUUGAAAUGAUCACAAAGGAAGAACUGGAACAGCAAACAGAUGGGGAUUGUGAAGAAGAGGAGGAGGAAGAUGAGGAUGAAGAAACACCUAAGUCUUCACAUGAAAAAUCAUAAUCUCACUAAUUUGGGGACUGAAUAGUGCAAGAAGUUGGAUUUUCUAUGUUGGUUGAUCAUUAUAAUGUACACAUGGCAUUUGUAGCAUUCUUUAAAUCCAUUUCUAAAAUGUAUUUGACAUCUAAGCAGUUAUAUUCAGUCAUUUGUUUUACAAAAUUUUGGUACAGUCUAAAGCCAUUAAUAAGUUAUCCAUUUGAUAAUUUUACAGUAAAUAGAUCUCAUGCAUUUUGAUAGUUAUCAAAGAUGUACUUUACAUAAUGACAUUUAGAUUAAGGGCAUUUUUUGAUAGUUGUAUGGCUUUUUACUGUUAGACUAAUCAAAAUAACUUUAAAAGAAAUAAAGAAACUCCAGCAUUUCAGAUUUUGCAUAGUUAUGUAGCCAUUUCACAGUUUCUUUAAGAUGAAAUGCUUAAACUCAUUGUUCUUAAUAGUUAAUUAAGCUUUUGUUUUUCAUUAUAAAAUAAUACCAGGAAAUUUCCUUUUAUGAUUCCAAGUUAGCAGGGUUCAAAAGCAUUUUGUGCAAACAAGCCAACUAGUAACAAUACAUCGACACUUUUAGUUUAGCUACAAACUCUCCUUUCCCAACGUAGGAAAUCCAAACUGAUUUGUACAUCCAAUUCCAAGGAAGGUGUUCAUCUCCAGCAGAAGCAGCGAACAGCAUUGGUUGGAACGUGUUGACUCUUGUUCCUUCCCUAUCUCCUGUCGUAACGUAAAGUGUAUUCUGUACAUAAUUUACAAAGAAAACAAACAUUUUAUUUUAAUUGUUGCUUAUUAUUUAGACAUUUCUCAACACUUAAAUUUGUAAAAGUAAGUCCAUGUAAGGGUAUGUUUUUAGAAAUGGAAGUUUCGAUAACCCACAGAACAUCUGCGAUCUUUCUACAGCAGCUUCAGUUUUGUGCCAACAUUCCAUGUAUUUGACUAUGAGUAAAAACUGAUCCUUAUUAAAUAAGAGCAGACUUAAAGUAGCUGUUUGUAUGCCUUAAUGUCUAUUUUGAUUUAUUUUAAAUCUUUACAUUCAGAAAUGGGUACUGUAUUAUCAGACCAGACGGCACUGCUGUGAAAGAUAAUUUACUGUUCUAAAAUAUCAAUUUAAAAUAAAGAAUAUGAAAGAAAAAAUAAGAGAACCAUUGCACUCUAAUUGCUUUAAACUAGUUUUACAGCUUGAUUUUAUGCCUCAUAUCUGUUAUAAGUCUUAGAAAAAUUUUGUUUAAUUAUAAUCAUAAUCAUUCCUUAAAGUUACGCUCUUAAAAACUGGUAAUGAAUAUAAAAUGAGUUUCCUUCUGUCACAGAGCAUUUUGCCUUGUAGUUGGAGUAAGUCAUGUAUGUAGCUCUUUAUUUUCCUUUGGCCUGUUCUCAUCUAACUUAACCAAUGAUGUUAAGUUUUCCUAAUUUUGCAAGAGAAUACAUUUUCUGUAUAUUAACACACUUCAUUAAACAUAACUUGAUUGCUGCUUUAUAACAUUCCCAUAAAUGGGCAGAAAUGUGACUGUUUGAUAUUAAUGCAACUUCAUCAAAGCUGCAAUCAUUUUAAGAGUUCUCAGCAAAUAUUCAUUAAUUUUUGUGCCUGGGUAUUUUCCUGUCACAUUUGCAGAACUUUUUUAUUUUCACAGAAAGGACAUCUGUAAUCACCAGAAAUAUUAAUAUUUAUUUUUGUGUAUGAAAUUGAUACCAGAAGUGUAUUCAAGAAAUAAAAAAGACUGUUAACCAUUACUACUGUGAUAAUACCCAGGCACUUAAAAUGUAUCCUGAAAUACUUUAUAAUAUAUGUACUGUUUCUAGUCUUAAAGACAUUUGGAGCAUGGUGGACAAGAAAGUCACCUUACUGGUUUAUAGAGUCUUACAGAAUAUUAGUACAAAUUUUUAGAAAUAGCAGAUGAGGGAAAUGGGGGGGCGGGGAUAUUAAGAUUGAAAAGUGAGUUAGAAGUUUCAGCUUAAUAUCUGUUUUACUAUUUAAGGUUAUAUAAUUUAAACCAAUAUAAAAGUCAAAAGGCUGACUCAGAAGAAUAGAUGGCUCUGUUGAUUAACAUUAAAUACUCUUAUGCCAAAGCCUGGAGAAUUGUUUACAGUAAUCAAUUGAAUGGUGACUUUUUUUUUUAAGAGUUUCAGAUUUGCUAUGCUACUGUAAGUGAGCAGUUAAAAAAAAUUGGACCACCUAAGCAGGACUGAAUUAAUCAGAGGCUAAAUCCAAGUGGCAAGAAUAACAUGUAUGUGAUUACUCCUAGAGUCAACAUAUUACAUAGGGUGCUUUCCUUUUCCCUCCAUCUGAAUUCUUUAGCUUUGAAGCUGUGGGGCUCUCUAUAUAAUACUAAGUGAAAUAAUUUAGAUUUAGUUGAAUGCUAUUAAAAAGUAAAUGCUAUAAAAUAAUAAAUUUUAUAUAUCAUACUGAAAUUCUGCAGCAGUAAUGGAUUUUGAUGUUUCCCCCUUCUUUCUGGUUUUACAUCAUAAGGACCAGGUAGCUACUGCCUAGAAAAAAUAAUCUUGUGUUUUUAGUAUGUUGAAUUUUUUUUCUUUAAUCUUUCUUAGGAACUGGAAAAUAGCAGGUACAGUUGAUACUCAUUCGUGGUAGUUAUAUUCUAUAAAGUCACUGAAUUAGCAAAUGCUGAACCAUUACUAGAGGAAGGAAAGCCAGGGCUGAGUUUCUGCAAACCUCUGGUUACAGCAUUUCCAUCAGCUGGUCGAUGCAUAGACGUGGUAUAGGUUGUUUCUGUUUUAAGGCCACCUCAUUUAAUGUUGUUGAGUCAUUAACAUUGAACUCACGGCUGUAGCACUGUAACUUAUGCCUGAAUGAAGCUUAUCUAGCAUGUUUUCUCUGUCGGCUACUUCACAGCCUUUUUGCUCUGAGGAACACUACUUAGCACCUCAGCAUUAUAUUUGGGGGCCAUUUUAAACAGUGAAAUCAAGGGCAGACAUUUAGUGCAGCAAUUAAGUUGCUGCUUAUCAGGCCCACACUCCAUAUUAGAGGACCUGGUUGGGUCCCAGCUACUUUGCUUCCAAUACAGCUUCCUACUGGUGUGCACCCUGAGAGGUAGCCAAUGAUGGCCCAAGUGCUUGGGUUGCUACCACUACAUGGAAGAUCCACACUGAGUUCCAGGCUCCUGUCUUUGGCCUGGCCCAGCCCUGGCUAUUGUGGGCUUUUGGGAAUUGAAUCAGCAGAAGGAAGAUUGGUCUCCCUCUGUCUAUCUGUCUCUAUCUCUGUCUCUGUCUUUCUGCCUUCUGAGUAAAAUGAAAAAUAAUGUAUUUUUAAAAGAUCUGUUUAUUUGAAGGCAGGGUUACAGCAAGAGAGGGGGAGACAAAGAGGUCUUCCAUUACCAGCUCACUCCCCAGGCUGAAGCCAGAUCUCCCACGUGAGUGGCAGAGGCCUAAACACUUGAGCCAUCUGCUGAUGCCAUUUCCAGGGCAUUAGCAGGGAGCUGGGUCAGAAACAGCAGCCGGAAUAUGAACUGGUGCCCAUAUGGAAUGCUGACACAGUAGGCAGAGCCUUUACACACCGCCACAACGCCGGCUCCAGAAAUAAAUGUUUUAAAGAUAUUAAACAGUGAAAUCAACAAAACUUACAAAAAUGCACAAAACGUGGCAUUAACUAUUAGAGCAAAAAGGACAUGUAUGAGAGCUUGAACGAGAAGGCUUUUGUUCAGAGUCAGCUGAGCAUAUGCAUUUGCCAAGUUAAUUUUGCUGCUCUGCCAGUGACCACCAAAGCACCACAAAAGUUUUAGAACAAAUUCACCAAAAAAUGGAAUCCACAAAUAAUGAAGAUCAACUGUACUUAACUAUAUUAAAAAGCUGUAGCAUUUACCUACCUUAUCUACAGAACAGAAUAUAUUGCUAAAUCCUGCUGUAGUAUUUGAGUAAUUUUAAAUAUCCACUCUGUCUGAAAGCAAAUAUUUCUUAAUUGUUGUAUAGUAGAUAAUUUGCUUUUACUCUGUUUCAGCAAUAUUUCAUAUCUGUUCAUUAAUACUAAGCACUUACCUUGUACCAUGAUUUUAUCAGGCACAGCCAUAAAUAAACAUACAGUUCUGGCUU